GUUUGGCGGAAAGGCGGAUGCUGCUCGCGGCCUCUAGCUCGACACAAAGGGAGUUCAUAGUGGAUUCCAUUGGGAAGAAGUAGAUCAUCGCCAGGCGUUUCUCUAGUGAUCUUUCUUCGUUAUACGAGUAUGUUAGCGGUGUCACCUCCGGGAUGAACCCACCAAGGUGUGUAGCUCGAAGGCGGGGUUGUUUCUGGGGAUGUUAUGUCGUCAAAUGCGUCCGCGCCUCCGUGGAUCUAAAUUAGCCAGGAAUAUGAGCAGAAGAAGAUAAGAAGCAGCAGCAGCAGCAGCAGCAGCAGCAGCAGCAGCGGCGGGUGGCUUGCUUCCUGCGGGAUUUUGUCCAGGCUUUUUUUUUUUUUUUACCCACCCCCGUGGACAUGGUUGUUCUAUGGAGCCAAGCGGAGCGGAGCUAGCUGGCUGACAGUCCGGCUAGCGCGACAUUUCCCGGCGUUUGGAUGAUUGUUUAGCCGAUCAGCGGCCGGGUAAGGAGUCAGCAUGGGGGAGUCCAGCCUGGACGACGCCAAUGUCAAGGUGGCUGUCCGAGUACGGCCCAUGAACAGGAGAGAAAAGGAUUUAAACACUAAAUGUAUCGUGGAGAUGGCGAAGAACCAGACGAUCCUCCAUCCCGGCGGAGCCAACCUGGGCAAAGCAGACACCAGGAAUCAGGCCAAGGUCUUCGCCUACGACUACUGUUUCUGGUCCAUGGAUGAGACUGACAAGGAGAGAUUUGCUGGUCAAGAGGUGGUCUUCCAGUGCCUUGGGGAAAGUCUUCUCAACAACGCCUUCCAGGGCUACAAUGCCUGUAUCUUUGCCUACGGACAAACUGGUUCGGGGAAGUCGUACACCAUGAUGGGUUCAGUGGACCAGCCGGGUCUGAUUCCACGGCUGUGCAGCGCUUUGUUUGAACGAACCCAGAAGGAACAGCGGGAGGAGGAAAGCUUCACCGUUGAGGUGUCCUACAUGGAGAUCUACAACGAGAAGGUCCGAGAUCUGCUCGACCCCAAAGGGGGAAGACAAACUCUAAGGGUGAGGGAGCAUAAAGUUCUGGGUCCCUACGUGGACGGCCUGUCUCGACUCGCGGUGGCCUGCUACAAGGACAUCGAGUCUCUCAUGUCUGAGGGGAAUAAGUCUCGUACCGUCGCCGCUACCAACAUGAAUGAGGAGAGCAGUCGCUCGCACGGCGUCUUCAACAUCAUCCUCACACACACACUGAAAGACUUGCAUUCUGGGACGAGCGGGGAGAAGGUGAGUCGCCUCAGUCUGGUGGACUUGGCUGGAAGCGAGCGAGCAGCAAAGACCGGAGCGGCAGGGGAACGACUGAAGGAGGGAAGCAACAUCAACAAGUCUCUCACCACGCUGGGCCUCGUGAUCUCUGCGCUCGCUGAACAGGGAACAGCCAAGAACAAGAACAAGUUUGUUCCUUACAGAGACUCCGUUCUGACGUGGCUGCUGAAGGACUGCCUGGGCGGCAACAGUCGCACGGCGAUGGUCGCGACCGUGAGCCCAGCAGCCGACAACUACGAGGAGACGCUUUCCACGCUGCGCUACGCAGACCGUGCGAAGAGCAUCGUUAACCACGCAGUCGUCAACGAGGACCCCAACGCGCGCAUCAUCAGGGAACUCCGAGAGGAAGUGGAGAAACUACGAGUGCAGCUGACUCAGGCGGAGUCGUUGAAGGCUCCUGAGCUGAAAGACCGCUUGGAAGAGUCCGAAAAGUUGAUUCAAGAGAUGACCAUCACAUGGGAGGAGAAGCUUCGCAAAACCGAGGAGGUUGCACAGGAGCGCCAGAAGCAGUUGGAGAGUCUGGGUAUUUCUCUGCAGUCUUCAGGGAUUAAAGUUGGAGAUGAUAAGAGUUUUCUCGUCAACCUUAACGCGGAUCCUGCCCUCAACGAACUGCUGGUGUACUAUCUGAAGGAACACACUAAGGUGGGCUCGGCGGACUCUCAGGACAUUCAGCUGUGUGGCAUGGGCAUCCAGGCAGAGCACUGCGUCAUCGACAUAACGGCGGAUUGCGCAGUCAUCCUCAGUCCCUACCGCAAUGCUCGGACAUGUGUUAAUGGUUCUCCAGUGAGCAGCGCUCUGCAGCUGCACCAUGGCGACCGAAUCUUCUGGGGUAACAACCACUUCUUCAGGAUCAACCUGCCUAAACGGCGCUCCCGGGGAACUGAGGACGACGAGGGGGAGGGGGGCGUGAUGAAGAACAGUGGCAGCAGUGAACAGCUGGAUGCAGACGGUGACACAGCCAGCGAGGUGUCCAGUGAAGUCAGCUUCUCCUACGAGUUUGCCCAGACAGAGGUCAUGAUGAAGGCCCUGGGCAAUAAUGACCCCAUGCAAGCAGUCCUGCAGUCUCUGGAGAGGCAGCACGAGGAGGAGAAGCGCUCGGCUCUGGAGAGGCAAAGGCAAAUGUACGAGCAGGAGCUCCAGCAGCUACGCAAGAAGCUGAACCCGGACCGCCUGUCGGCCGGCCCCUCUGGAGGGCCCACAUCCGGCCAGCAAGGCCCAGGACAGCAGUCUCACUACCGCAGCCUGGAGAGACUCAGCAUGGGAGGGAUGACUCAUUCAACCAGCGCUCAGAGCAGACUUAGACAGUGGAAUGAGGACAGGGAGGCGGUGUUGGUCAGGAGUUUGCGGCGGUUGAGGGAGCAAAUAGUGAGAGCCAACCUCCUGGUGCAAGAAGCCUGUUUCAUCUCUGACGAGCUGGAGCGUAAUACAGAGUACAGAGUCACUCUGCAAAUCCCAUCGGACAACCUCAACGCAAACCGCAAGAGGGAUGCAGUGCUCAGUGAACCAGCGAUUCAGGUCCGGCGUCGUUGUCGAGGGAAGCAGAUCUGGAGUCUGGAGAAGAUGGAGAACCGUCUGGUUGACAUGAGAGAGCUCUACCAAGAGUGGCAAGACUACAAUCUCCAUCACCAAGACGACCCUGUGAUGCGCUCAUAUUUCCGGCGAGCCGACCCGUUCUUUGACGAACAGGAAAACCACAGUCUGAUUGGCGUAGCAAACGUAUUCCUCUCCUGUCUUUUCUAUGACGUCAAGUUGCAGUACGCUGUUCCUAUCAUCAACCAGAAGGGGGAGGUGGCCGGCCGUCUUCAUGUGGAGGUGGUGAGGGUUGGAGGGGGAUUAGAGGACAACAUUGCUGGAGGGGAUGAACCCGACAACAAUCAAGACACGGAAGUGCAGGAUCGCAAACUGGUCUGCAUGAUUAAGAUCCUGCAGGCCACUGGUCUUCCCCAGUACCUGUCCAACUUCGUCUUCUGUCAGUAUUCUUUCUGGGACCAGCCUGAGCCCAUCAUCGUGGCUCCUGAAGUAGACCCAGCAUCCUCGUCGGCCAGCACCAAGGACCCGCACUGCAUGGUGGUGUUUGACAGCAGCAAGGAGGUGGCUGUGUCAGUGACCGAGGAUUUCAUCGAAUACCUCACGGAGGGGGCAGUUGUCAUCGAGGUAUUUGGACACAGACAGGCUGAUGCAGGAAGAAACCCAGCCCUGUGGGACCUCAGCAUCAUCCAGGCCAAGACGCGCACACUACGAGACAGGUGGAGCGAGGUAACGCGUCGCCUGGAGCUAUGGAUUCAAAUCUUGGAGAUAAACGAGAACGGAGACUUUGUCCCGGUGGAAGUGGUUCCUGCUCGCGAUGUUCGAACCGGGGGAAUCUUCCAGCUUCGGCAGGGUCAGUCGAGGCGAAUCCAGGUGGACGUGCAUUCGGUGCAGGACUCGGGCACCAUGCCUCUGAUAGCAGAAAUACUGCUCGCAGUGUCAGUGGGUUGUGUGGAGAUCCGAAACACAGCAGCAGAACAGGAAAGCGAUGAGAUGGACAGCUAUCAGGAAAGAGACCUGGAACGUUUGCGCAGGCAGUGGUUAUCUGCUCUCACCAAGAGACAGGAAUACCUCGACCAGCACCUGCAGAGCCUGGUCAGCAAAGCAGAGAAAAACGAGGAUGACAUGGAGCGGGAGGCCCAGCUGCUGGAGUGGCGCCUGACGCUGACUGAGGAGAGAAACGCUGUCAUGGUGCCCUCUGCUGGCAGCGGCAUCCCUGGAGCACCUGCUGAAUGGGUUCCUCUUCCGGGCAUGGAGACCCACACUCCCGUCCUCUUCCUCAACCUCAAACCUGAUGACCUCAGCUCUCAAGAGCAGUUUGAGGUUCCUGAGGCCGGAGGCUGGGACGCCACGCUAAGUGGAGAGGACGAGGACGACUUCUUUGAUCUCCAGAUUGUCAAGCACUACGACGGAGAGGUCAAAGCAGAGGCGUCAUGGGACUCUACCGUCCACGAGAGUCCGCAGCUCAGUCGCGGGGGGGCGUGGCCGGAGCACCGUGUGUACCUGACGGUUCGAGUGGUGGUGCAGCUCAGCCACCCCGCCGACAUGCAGCUGGUCCUGAGGAAGAGGAUCUGCGUCAACGUUAACCCGGGGCGCCAGGGCUUUGCACACAACUUCCUCCGAAGGAUGUCCACCCGCAGCACCAUACCUGGCUGCGGGGUCACCUUCGAGGUGGUCUCCAACAUUCCCGGGGACGCCCCUGGCUCAGAGGACAGGGAGAUGCUGGCCAACCUCGCCGCCAGCGCACACAACAGCCAGUCAGGCGAUGACGAGGCCGCUAUCGAGAAAUACCUCCGCAGUGUCCUCAGCCUGGAGAACAUCUUGACUCUGGAUCGACUCCGACAGGAGGUGGCAGUGAAGGAGCAACUAAGUAGCAGAGGGAAGAGCAACAGACGGAGCAUCAGUUCUCCUUCUGUCCACAGGCUGUCCGGCAGUAGACAAGAUUUGUCCACAACCUGCCUAGAGGACAAGGGUCGAUGGGAGAGCCAGCAGGAUAUCUUCAUGCCAUCUCAGUUUCACCGCACCCUCCCCCGGCCCGCCUCCUCCCCUUCCACCUACUCCACCUCCCCGUCUUCGUCCCAGACUCCCUUUGGCAUUUCACCCCCGCAGAACCAGGAGCCUGAGCAAGGUCGUUCAGGACUUGCUGCCUCUUAUCUUUCAGUUAAGGCGCUCGUUCCUCAGAUGCCCAAACUGCUCAAGUCUCUGUUUCCAGCGCGGGACGAAAAGAAGGAGCUGAGACCGUCUCCACAGAACCAGCAGCACGUCGCUCGCAUCAUGGCGUCUGCUGGGGACGACAUUCGAGUCAAGGCGGACACGACUGCAGCUCUCCGGCCCCCAGCCAAAGACAGACGGGCAGAGUUCCCAGAGGUCCCUCCUCUUCCUGUGCAUGACCCGCAUGACCUCACCCCCCUCAGCCCCCUCAGCCAGUCGUCAAGCGGCUACUUCUCCAGUAGUGUUUCUACGGUUACCCUGUCUGACGUCCUGCAGCCCUCGUCCUCGUCUUCCUCCCUCCUGGCUGCAGAGACCGCGUUACCCACAAUCCCCCAGAAGCAGGGUGCUGACAGGAGCGAUGUUGUAACCUCUCCUCCUCAGUGUGGCACGAAGACCGCCGUCGCUCCACCCACCUCCCACGCCUCCGCCAAUCACAACAACGGCACUGCAGAUAACUCCUUCUCUGAACACAAGCUGGUCAACUCGGGAGGAGGAGGAGGCUUUGAGAGGCUGGAGAUCUUCAUGGACGAGGACGAGCGCAGCCAUGAUGACGUGCUGCCUGACUGGCUAACAGAAGGGGCGUAUGUUACAGUCGGGAGCAAUAAGGCCGGGACGGUGCGUUACGUGGGAGUGACGCAGUUUGCUGGAGGCGUGUGGGUGGGGGUGGAGCUGGACACCCCCGUAGGUAAAAAUGACGGCUCGGUCGGAGGUCACCGGUACUUCCACUGCAAACCGGGCUACGGGGUGCUCGUUCGCCCGGACCGGCUGUCCCGCCGCGACCGGACCAGCCGCCGCACGGGAGACUCCACUGCUGCCGCCCAUGUCCCCGUGAUGCGAGGAGAAGCCAUUGUCGCCCGCCAGGCGGAGAACCGCAAGUCCUGGAGCAGCUGAGACAGAGGAGCGUAGGAGCGGGGUGGGAGAGGUGAUCUCCUCCCCUUCCCUCCCAGCUUUACAACGGGCUCAAACAUCAGAACUGAAACACUGCCUACCCUCCUGUUGUUUAAGAAUAGCCUCACUACAGCCAUUCACACGCAGUGGAUGGAAGCAGAAUGCAAGCAAGUUGAUGAAAGACCAUGCAGAGUACUCACAAGUCCAAGGAAGCACUGUUCGUCAGGUGGAAAGAUGCGGCUUAACGACUGGCGGUCAAUGCGAAGACUGCUGGGAGUCUUGUGCAGACUUUGUCGUACGCAGCGGGUCAGAGUUCUGUGGGGAGAUGCAUUCUGGGCUGAUACACAGGAUGCACACGGGUCACUUUUAGAUCCCAGCUCACUUCUGAAGACAUUUAAUGUAUGUUUGUAUUUAACGUGCAGACAAAACUCUUCUAGUGACUCCACUUGGAGGCCGGCUAUUAUUAUCAAUGGCCUAUUUUGACUACGUGCAUCCACCAUUCACAAUAAGUUAUUAGUAGUCAGACCUUUUUAUUGCCCUCUCACGUCUCACUAUCAUGUGCUUUUGUGAAUGAGGAAUCAAAAACAUUUCAAUUUUUAGAUUUUUAUUUCUUUUUAAACUUUGAAUCAGUGUGACAAACUGAAACCAGUUCUACUGGGCUGGUAAGUAUCAUCCUUGGAUAUGACGCGUCAACCUGGCCGCCAUGUCCCACAAUCCACUGCUCCGACUGCCGCUCCCCUGAACACUAUUCGUCUACGGGCUGAACACACAUCGUUAGAGGCUCCGGACUCCUUUUCUGUUGAAGAUGGAUCCUCCCAGAAUGUGCCUUCACCACUGCUUGGUUUGCAUUUGUAUUUUCUCUUUCUUUGAUUUCUGUUGGCUGUGUUUGUGUUUUAAGAGAAUGCCUUGUGCUAAGUGUGAGGUGAUCUCAGGGACCGCACAGGGGAAUGACAAAGUGUGUGUGUGUGUGUGUGUGUGUGUUGCCCUGCGUGCACAAAUGAGUUCAUGUUGUCGUAUUCGUCUCCGUGUUGUGUGGGAAGCUGGAAAAGUUGUGUCCUUUAGUGGGACAAAGCCACUAAGGAAGCAAGUUGCUCGUACUGGGAGGCUUUAAAAGCCUAUUUUUGCACUGGAGAAGUUGUUUGGGAAGCGUCCGUAUGUGUCUGAGGUGGCGGUUGUGCAGAGGCAGGCGACUUUAAUCUGGAGAAUUUUCUCAAUCUGGAUGUCUGUUAUGGAAGCCAGUGCAGGUCCUGUGUGACUGAGGCCACCAGAGGGCGCUGGAGUAGGAAUGUGUACGUGUUGAGGGGAAGACACUGAUGCAGACACCAGGAGCUCUGCUGGGUAUUUAGCUCGGGAAGAGAAUGGAUUUGCUUCUAUGUAUUUGAUGGUGUUUUUUAGCUUCAUCUCUAAAUGGGAGAACAAUAAGUGGGAGAAGGAGCUGCGCGUUGGAAACAGAGCCCUUCUGGCUGCACACUCCUGGCACGUCUGUGGGAGAAGACUUUUGAGAUUAAAGCAAUAUAUAUUUUCCUAUUGAACAUCACAUUCCGGAGAGACUCUUCACAUUUGCCAGUGACCUUAUUCUCGGUGGGUUCAUUCUUGGAAAAGCAUUAGCAGUAAAACACAGAGUGUGUCAUACUUUAUGUCCACCAUCAAUUCAUGAGGAACGUGGACAGACUGUACACAUGUGCAGCUGGUACUUCUCCACAAGUUACAGUUUUACGGUUAGCGUGUAGUUCACUGGUCAUGAGGAGAACUACCGACCUUGUGGAAAAGGGUGUUUCAUGUCUUUAGUCGCUCUGUGGGGAGCGGUGUCCUUUUUACUAAACUAUAUCAAGGUCCUAUGGUUUCAGCAAGGCGCAUUUUACUUUUACUAUUAGUAGCAUGUCUCGUUUAUUAGCAACUAUUCUGUGACAGACCUGUACAUGCUACUAACUAUGGUUUCCAUGGUGACAUCCUUGUGUACUAGGGAGUGUAUGGAGGAUUCUGUUGGGAUGAGGCAUAUAUAGGAACAUAUUGUCUGGAGCACUACGUGCAUGUAAACACGCCCAGUAUAUUCCAACACAUGCGUCUUCUUUAUUCAAGAGGCCUGACUUUACUAUUUAUAUUUAAAUGCUUGUACACAUGCAUUUAUCGCAUGAAAAUUGAUAAACGCCUUUUUAUUUGAAUAAAUAUUGCACAAAUGAUUCAAUGAAAAUUGCUGCUAUUAGCAUUGUAAAUCAGUUGAUUAUUCUAACACUCUGUAAUUAUUACUGUAUACUAGAUUGGGAUUGCUGUAGUUUUUUUAAUCCAGACGGAGAAACUUAAGGUCGGCAUUUUUAUCGUUCAGUUUUUAAUAUGAAGCGGUUAAAAAAAAGUAAUCUGAAAAAUGAGACACUUUAGUGAGCCUUGAAGAUGUGGUAAUAAAUCCUGGGGGAGCAUUGCCUCAGUCAGACAGUUCACUUCAAAGCUGCGUGUUUAGAAUGGAGGCCUCUGAUUGGUCGGCUGGUUUGUUGUUAGCUGGCGAUCGUGGUGCGAAGGUUAUUUGAUCUUAUUGUGGUUCAUACGUCAUGUGGUAACGAAGGACGGGAGGACAGGUGUCUUUUCUCUGUGUUUGAAUGUGUGAGAAUGUUGGGAGGACCUGGGACCUUUUUUUUUAUCUGGGAUUAUUUGUCAAAGACAACCUGAUCUCACUUUAUGAUCUUUUCUUUUUGAAUGCACCUACAUUGUUUAAAUGUUUCUAAUUCGAUAUCCUUCGGCCACAUUUGAGUCGCUGUGACGUUCAGAGCGACGUUAUUUCAUGUGACAGCAGAGCGACGGUCACAACAGGAACCUCUUUCCCUGCGGCGCACGUUAUGUGUGACGCUGACAUGAAGAUAAAGGGGGCGAGCUGCCUGCUGCCCGGGGGCCGUUUCAAUGAACUGCAAGAAGCCAACGAGCUUCACAGAUAAGCGCUUUGCUCGGAAUGGAUUUCAUGUUGUAGCUUGUCAUCCAGUGGCCUCCAUGUCUGCUGCUGUAGAGAUUAGAGCGAAGCCAGAAGUGUUAUUUAUGUGACAGUAUCAAGCCUGAAGAACCACAUGCAGUUCUGUUUUCACUGAUACCAUCUGUGUUCCAGCUUAUUCAUAUUUAUGUUUAAAUCUUCCACUCUUCUUUUGCCUUCUUUUUCUUGUGUUCAAUGCUUUUGUUUUGCUUGGAAUCGGGUCCAUAUCUUGGUUGUAGCCCUGUGGGACCAGCGGCCCUCUGCCCACCUACGUGGCCUUCAGCCCGGAGCGCAUCCGGCUGCAAGAUGAAACCUUAUCGUCCAUUCCAAGGAUGUACAAGCGCUCUGGUUUACUACUUUAUCUUCCUUUGCGCUUUUUAACACAUCAAAGGGACUCGUGACUGAGCUCCUGUGCUACUGCCUUGCUGGAGGGGCCGGACGUCCAAACAGGGAACUUUCUAAACCACCAUCAGAUCCUCAGAAAUUCAUGGGAUUUAACGAGCCGCCCCACAGCAGUUUGAUUUUAUUUAUUCAGUUUAAUUUUGUGUCACUACAACACCUUUUCCUGCCUUCUGUAGAAGUCACUACCUCUCUGUGUUCUUCCCACAGGCUUCUUUAUUAACCUGCUUCUAGUGUUCUCUCAUUACAAUAAACCACACAGACGACCAAGCUCACUGUUGCCUUCAGGCAGAUUCUUGUUUUUGUCAUCUAGCAAUAACCGAUUUAUUGCAACAGCCGGGGAUUCAGAUACGACGUCUCGUCUCGCUGCGUUUUUUUUAUUUUCUAAAGGCAGUUGGUCUAAAUGUUGCAUUGAUGUUUCCAAGGUACCAACAGCCGUGUUUAACUGAGCGGAGACGACCUUUCAUGCAUUGAAUGGCCGGCCAACAGUAUUACCCCAUCGCCCUGAAUCAUCUGCAUCAGCGUGUGUGUGUGUGUGUGUGCAUAUUAAGACUUAUAAAAAGACAAAUCUGAGCACAAGUUUUGAUUAAUUUAAUUGUUUUAUGUAAUUCUAUGCUGCAAUCCAAAGAAUAAACAUGUAUUAGCAUACAUUCAUGAUUUUCUUUUAUCAUCCGAUCAUCUGGUAAGAAAAAAUAAAGAAUAAACGAGUGA